AUGAGAGACGAUUGUGGCACAUUCGAGUUCUUGGAGCAGGGCACUUGUCGCGAUCUCGCCCUAAACCUUCUCCGCCAUCGGUAUCGCGGUCGCAAUCGGCGUCUCCGUCCUCGGCGCCGCCUGGGGAUCUACAUCACCGGUAGUAGCUUGAUCGGCGCUGCAAUCAAGGCUCCUCGAAUCACUUCCAAAAAUCUCAUUAGUGUAAUCUUCUGUGAAGCUGUUGCUAUAUAUGGUGUUAUUGUGGCUAUUAUUCUUCAAACAAAAUUAGAAAGCGUUCCAGCAGCAAAUAUCUAUUACCCAGAGUCUCUUAGGGCUGGAUAUGCAAUCUUUGCUUCUGGAUUAAUCGUGGGCUUCGCAAAUCUUGUUUGUGGGUUGUGUGUAGGAAUAAUUGGAAGAAGCUGUGCAUUAUCUGAUGCUCAGAAUUCCUCCCUCUUCGUGAAAAUUCUUGUGAUUGAGAUCUUUGGUAGCGCGCUUGGGCUAUUUGGAGUGAUUGUUGGAAUUAUUAUGUCAGCACAAGCAACAUGGCCAACCAAAGUUUAGUUUCCACUUUAUCAGAAUGUGGUGUGGGAAUGCAAUUAUGGUAGAGCGCAAUAUAUCUUCUGUACUGCCCGGGAUUAAAUUUUUCUGUUUCCUGUUGGUAGGAAUGUAAAAUCCAGCGUAAUAGUUUACCUUCAUUACAAAUGUAGGCUGUAUUAUUUACAAAUGAGUUGUUAGCAGGUCUUGUGUAUC